GCGCCGGCCUGCCACGUGCUGCGCUGGGCGCCAGCCCCUCGCGUAACUCGUGGCCGGGGAUCAGCUGACUGGCUGCUCACGUGAUCGCCAGGGCGCGCCGGCCCGGAGCCCAGCGAGGCGCUGCAGCUGGGCGAGGUGGGGGCGGAGCCAGCUGGCUGCCUGGGCAGGCUCUCCCGUGCUGGAGGGACACUUGCUCAUCGGCCCCACAAUGCCCCCAGUGAGACUGAAGGAGGCAGAGAAUUUUCCCGUCUGCAAAAAGGCUUCUUGCACCGUGCUGCAGGUGUCUGUCAUCAGUAUUGCUGCUCUGCUCACAACAGUUGCCCUACACAUCAUAUUCAGUGUCCAUGAAGUCACUGUGGCUGCUGUGAGCAUCAGAGACCCCCCAGGGCCAGAGACUAACCACAGAUCCAGUAGUGCUAAUGGAGAAGGGCGAACAUGGUAUCGGAAGUGGACAGGGCAACUGGAGACCCCAGGCACUGCUGCAUCAGGGCCCUUGCACUGUGACAUCUCUCCAGAUAGCCAGUUUGACUGUGCACCUGAGAAGCUUCUCUCCAGAGCAGAGUGUGAGGCUCGCGGUUGCUGCUACGUUCCAGUUUCCAUUAGGGGCUCUGCGAUUUGGCAGCCCUGGUGUUUCUUCCUGCCCACCUACCCCAGUUACAAGAUGGAGAACCUGAGUGCCACAGAGACAGGCUACACUGCCAGCCUGACCCGCACCGUUCCCUCGUUCUUCCCAGAAGACAUAAUGGUUCUGCGGCUGGAUGUGGUGUUUGAGACGGAGGGCAGGCUCCACUUCACGCUCAGGGAUCCAGCAAACAAACGCUAUGAAGUGCCACUUGAAACCCCCAAAGCUAGAGGCCAAAUAGCCUCCAAACUGUAUAGUGUGCAGUUCUCAGCAGAUCCCUUUGGCCUGAUGGUCUUCAGGGAAUCCAGCGGGCAGGUUCUGUUGAACACCACAGUUGCUCCCCUCUUCUUUGCUGACCAGUUCCUCCAGAUCUCCACCUCCUUGCCAUCCCGUUUCAUCUCUGGCUUGGGGGAGCACCUGACCUCACUCGCCCUCAACAUCAAUUGGACCAAAGUCACCCUUUGGAAUCGGGACAUGGCGCCCACGCCGUAUGUCAAUCUCUAUGGCUCUCACCCGUUCUAUCUGGUGAUGGAGGAUGGCGGCUUGGCCCAUGGAGUCUUCCUGCUGAACAGCAACGCGAUGGAUGUGGUGCUGCAGCCAAGCCCAGCCCUGACUUGGAGAACAACAGGCGGCAUUCUGGAUUUCUACGUCUUCCUAGGCCCUGACCCCAAGAGUGUGGUCCGGCAGUACCUGGAUGUCAUCGGGUACCCGUUCAUGCCCCCCUACUGGGGCCUGGGAUUCCACUUGUGCCGCUGGGGUUACUCCUCCACCACUGCAACUCGGCAGGCUGUGAAGAACAUGACAGCAGCCCGGUUCCCCCUGGAUGUGCAAUGGAACGACCUAGAUUAUACAGAUUCCAAGAGAGACUUCACCUUCAACAAGAACAACUUUAAGGACUAUCCAGACAUGGUGCAGGAGUUCCACCAAAGCGGCCGGAGGUACAUCAUGAUCGUGGAUCCAGCAAUCAGCAGUUCUGGGCCCCCCGGCAGCUACAAACCCUACGAUGACGGGCUGAAGCGAGGGGUGUUCAUCCGAAAUGCAACAGGGCAGCCUCUGGUUGGGAAAGUAUGGCCUGGCCCGACCGUCUUCCCAGACUUCACUAACCCAGAGACUCACCAGUGGUGGCACGACAUGGUGAAGGAGUUCCAUGACCAGGUGCCCUUCGAUGGCAUGUGGAUUGACAUGAAUGAGCCAUCCAACUUUGUGGCGGGCUCCUUGGACGGCUGCCCAAACAACAAACUGGAAAACCCACCCUAUGUGCCAGGUGUCAUGGGGGGCAGCCUGCAGGCAGGGACCAUCUGUGCCUCCAGCCAGCAGUAUCUGUCCUCACACUACAACCUCCAUAGUCUGUACGGGCUGACCGAGGCCAUAGCUUCCCACCGUGCACUGGUGAGGGUGCGAGGGAAGCGCCCUUUCGUGGUCUCGCGUUCAACCUUUGCAGGUCACGGCCGCUUCGCUGGUCACUGGACUGGGGAUGUCCAGAGCAGCUGGGAGCAGCUGUAUUACUCUAUCCCAGAGGUGCUGCUCUUCAACCUGUAUGGGGUGCCGCUGGUCGGGGCGGACAUCUGCGGCUUUCUGGGUGACACCUCUGAGGAGCUGUGCGUACGCUGGACCCAGCUGGGUGCCUUCUAUCCCUUCAUGCGGAACCACAACGACCACGGCAACAAGCCCCAGGAGCCGUACGCCUUCAGCCCUGCAGCCCAGGAGGCCAUGAGGAAGGCCCUCUUCCUGCGAUACUCGCUGCUGCCGUAUCUCUACACCCUCUUCCACAAGGCCCACUCUGCGGGGGAGACAGUAGCACGACCCCUCUUCCUGGAGUUUCCCACAGACCCGAACACCCUGAGUGUUGACCGCCAGUUCAUGUGGGGAGCGGGGCUCCUCAUCACGCCAGUGCUAGAGGCAGGGAAGACCAAAGUCAGCGGCUACUUCCCCAUAGAGACUUGGUAUAACCUGAUGGCAGGCUCCGUCAUCCACAGCAAGGGCCAGUGGGUUCUCUUACCAGCUCCACUGGACACCAUUAAUGUCCAUGUGCGGGCAGGACACAUCCUGCCUCUGCAAGAACCUGGCUUCACGACCACAGAGAGCCGAAAGAAGGGCAUGACCCUGGUAGUGGCCCUGACAGUGGCUGGGGUUGCCAGAGGCGAUCUGUUCUGGGAUGACGGUGAGAGCCUGCUGACAUUUGAGAAGGGCGACUACACUCAAAUCCUCUUCCUGGCCACGAAUGGUGUGCUGCUGAGUGAGCUGGUGCGGGUGAACAGCCAGGUAGACGGGCUGUUGCUGCAGGAAGUGACAGUGCUGGGUGUCCCCAGCCCGCCCCAGAGGGUUCUAGCUAACGGCGUCCCUGUCUCCAAUUUCUCCUAUCACGCGGACACCAAGAUCCUGAGUAUCCCGCUCUCUCUCCCAAUGGGGGAGCAGUUCAUGGUCAUCUGGUCCUGAGGCACGAUGGGACGCCUGCCUAGUUCUGCUCCUCUGCACUCCGGUGAAAGAAAGAAGUCAUCAGUCAAUGCAAUGCAAUUGCUCCAUGCUGCCUUCCCUGCAGGAGCAGAUUGUGUCCUGUGACCUCCAGGAGUGGAGGGAGGUUGUCCGGGGAAGCUGUGCUUUAGGAACCGAGCAGCAUUUCUCGCUUAACUCCGGUGUUCUGGGGUUGAAAGUUCUUGGCUCUUGGGUGCUUAGGGGCAGACUGUGGAUCUGCAGAACCAGCCAAGAGCUCCUUGCCACAGCUGUCCCCAGUAAUGCUGCACAGGUGUAUUGGCUGCUUCCGAAUCUGAUUUAAGCUGCUGAUUAACCCAAUGGCCGAACUCCCAUUCACUUCACUGGAGCAGGGCUGGGUCCUGGGGGUGGGGAGGAACCAAACUUUAAAUCACUUCGCAAGUGGGCAGCACAGUCACUAGGGGAAGGAAUCAGAGGGCUCAGUGUCUGCAAAGAUAAUCAGCUGCAGUUUCUAAAGCCAUGAACCUUCCCAAGGCUCAGACACGCUGGCCGAGGCUCCAGCUGCAUUUGGCAGCGACAGUGCGUCCUGUGAUGGUAGCAGAACUGGGACCCUUGUUACUACGAGACUUGCACUUUUAUUUCCUGUGCCAAAUGGGUGCGCAGCUCGGGGCUAGCUGGGGGCAGGUGGAGGGUCUGUCUCCUGGUCUGAAAGCAAAGGAGACAUCUUGGUUUAAGGCUUGAGAGUGGCAAGGCCUGCCCCAGAAUGUGCUUGUGAGGAUGCUUGCUGGGGUGCAGUAGUUCUUAACGUAGUCACCAUUGUGGGCUGCAUCCAGUACUACCUGUAUGGCCCUGAGGAUGUCCCGUGGGCCGCAGGCUGAGAACCACUGCUGGGGUGAAGGGGUGGGGGGACGUGCCUUCCCCUGCUGUGUCUGUGCGUUGGGCGUGCCCUGGAUGUGAGGAGUCGUCAGCCUGGCCUAGACAAGCGCAGAGGGACGGGCUGUGGAUGGCUGUGGAUCCUCACUGCAGUGGAGCUUCCCGCUCUUCUUGGGGGAUUUAUUGCUAAUAAAGGGCCACCGUGAAUGUUCUUUUGA